AAACUGGCAAUGUUCUGGAAUCCCAUGUUUUCCAAAAUAGGCAGUUCUGACUCAUAACUUUGUUUUUGUUUCUCUGAUUUGUACAGUUUGCAGAAAUGGCGUCAGCAGAAAAACUGAGAGAGAAUUUAUUUUCCAUUACGUGGAGUGGAGUUAAUUGUGGUUUAGCGAACAACCAAGUGACAGUUAUGGAUCUGCCCGACGUCUUUGAGUCCUGCCAGUUAAGUUGGAACCGGAUAAAUGGACAACAAAUUCUGGAUCUGAAUUUUGUGGUGUCAAAGACAUUAAAACCAACUAAUCUUCAAACGAUGUCGAUAUUGGGGCACUAAUAAUGGUGUCAAACAGAAAAUGAUAUUGGAAAAUACUAAAUGGACAACAACAUGGAUGUUAACAGCUGGAAGGAAUACUUGUCAAUAUUGUGGUAAUUUCUCAACUGCGUCAUUCAAUAUCCUGAUAGAUUUUACUCCAGAUAUGGAGUUAACUGUGAAAAAAGGAGCAACACAUGUCCUCGAUCAUAUUUUGAAUCUGUGGAAAACAAAGACAUUGUCUGAUGUCACUUUCAGAUGCAAUGACAAAGAAAUCAAAGCUCAUGUCAUGAUUGUGGCCUCGUGCAGCCCUGUGUUGGCUGCCAUGUUCACCAAUGAUUACAAAGAAAGUCACGAAAGAAUAGUUGACAUAAAAGAUUUCACACCUGAUACUUUCUCGCGCCUUCUUCGCUUCAUGUAUACCGGAGAUGCAUCCCUAGAAACUGAUGUAACAGAGGAAGGUAUAACUGAAUUGCUGAUUGCAGCCGAUAAGUAUGCAGUUGAAACUUUGAAAAAAGAAUGCGCACAGUAUUUGUCCCGGAAUUUGAAAGUCGAAAACGCUGCCCGUUUUCUUGUAUUGGCUCAUCUUCACAAUUCAUGUGUUCUUCACGAAUCGACGUUAGAGUUUAUGUCGAAGAAUGCCAAAGCUGUUUGUUCACGUAAGGAUUGGAUGGACCUUAUAAAAAAUUAUCCAGAGCUUUGCUUUCAAGCUACACAGCUUAUGGUUGGCCUAUAAAAAUUUCAUCUUCCUUUGGGGGUGUGUUAUGCUGAUCCGGUUUUAGUACGAAUUAUAUGUUCAUGAUUUAAUUAAGAUUUGCUUAAAAAGCUUCUAUUUUCGCCUUAAAAUCUCUGAUGCAUUGUUUCCCCCACUUGUUUAUCUCGUGUAACUUGGUAAAUUAACACAUUACUUCUUACGCGUUGUGCAUGUAAUCCGCUUCUGUGAAUUGUAUACAAUACAUAUGUACCAUUAGUA